GAAAACCAGAGAGUGAUGUCAGAAAAGACAACAAGUUUCCUACUUUAAAAACAUGGGGACAAGUUAAAGACCUGGAGAAAAUAACCCCAUAUGCCAUAAAGGAGGUAGAACCGAACCCUUGGGGUACGGCAGGUCAACGACAGAGGCGUGCUGCCACUCCGUAUGAGAUAAUUAUAGGCAGUCAAGAUUGUAGUAAUGUGGCAACAAGCAAAUACUGCAAUGGACCAUUGCCAUCAGGGAGAACCUAUUGCAUCAGAAUUCGUGGGUAUACAACAAAUGGUUAUACAGACACUCCUUGUGUAAAACAGGGCACAGAACCAGACACCACAGGUGCAAUUGCUGGAGGAGUGACAGCUGUUUUGAUUGUGCUGAUUAUUGCCUUUGUUGUGUUGUUUAUUAUUGCCAAAAGGAGAGGGGUUGAUAGGUUUACCAGAAUAGACUCUGACGACAAAGAAGGCCCCACUGUUCUCAUGAUGCAGGAUCUGAAUCCUUCAUCCAGAUUGAUAGGUGGUAAGUCACAACGAGAGACCACACAACGCAAUCCUUCUACCGCUGGUCAUGACAAUGAAGGUUUUGAUGGUGAGGAACUCAAGUCUAGAAGCAGUGAAAGUGAUGAGGAAGAGGAAGCAUGGAAGUCGAGGCCUGUGUCAACAUCACAGUUCAAAGAGCAUGUGGAGAAAUACCACAGAGACUCAGAUCUCUUGUUCUCAGAUGAGUAUAAGACUGUUAAGGAGCUGGCACCUAGUUAUGAAUGGUUGGAAGCUGAGAAACCCAGCAAUCGCUGUAAAAACAGAUAUACUAAUAUAUUACCAUUUGAUCACUCCAGAGUCAAGUUGCUACCAAUUGAUGAUGAUGAAGGGUCUGACUACAUCAAUGCCAACUACAUGCCUGGAUAUCGUUCCAAACGGGAAUUUAUUGCCGCCCAGGGCCCGCUGCCUGCUACAAAGGACGAUUUCUGGAGGAUGAUUUGGGAGCAAAAUGUAACUUUGGUAGUCAUGGUUACACAGUGUGUGGAGAGGGGAAGGAUAAAAUGUGAACAGUAUUGGCCAAAGGAUACAGAAGCAGAAUACUAUGGAGAUCUUGUAGUACAGAUGCGCUCAGAAUCCACCCUCUCAGAUUAUACGAUCAGAAUACUGGAUGUACAGCUGGGAGAAUUCAGCCGGGUGUUAAAACAGUUUCAUUUCACCAAGUGGCCAGAUCAUGGCUGCCCAGAAAGUACCACAUUACUUAUCAACUUUGUACAAAACGUGCGUAUGCACAUUUCCCACCGGCCUAACAGGGGACCCAUACUAGUUCACUGCAGUGCUGGAGUGGGCAGGACAGGGACCUUCAUAGCUGUGGACAGGCUUCUGCAGCACAUCCGUGAACACAAUGAGGUGGACAUCUUUGGCCUGGUGCUGGAGAUGAGGGAAAACAGGUGUAACAUGGUGCAGACAGAGGACCAGUAUAUUUACAUUCAUGAAUGCAUCAAGGAUGCCAUUGCUCAAGGGAUGCACUUAAAUAAUGGUAACCUAGAAGACCAGUUGUAAGAGAUUUGUGUACAUGGGAGAGAGCUGAAUAUAGAACCACUAGGUAACCAUGGUGACAAUCAGGAUCCAAAGAUAAACAGGAGUUUUUGAGAAGAUAGAUUCCCUGACAAGCAUAAAUAUAAUGAUAUAUUUUAAACAAAAGCAAUAUUUAACCUGUAUAAUUGAAAGCAAAGAGACAGCUGAUUUGUGCUUAUUUACUCUUAAUGAAAGCAAUACCAGAGAGAUGUUGCUGUAUAUAUGUAAUGACAUGAAAGCGUGACUCCUAGAAUUAUAUAUUCAUUGCAUUGCAUGUGCCAGGGUCACUGAGGCAAACAUGGACACAUGGUGUUUAAAAGAACAAAGUUGUUACAUUGCUGAGUAGGUGAAAGAGAGGAUGUGUUAAUUUUGUGAUAUUACUCUAGAGCAGGUUGUUGAACAGGUAAUUCUAGAUAAGAGCUUUGUGACCAGAUCCAACUAAAAACUUCCCUUAGCAAAAUCUCAGACCUGCUGCAAAUUUGCAAACUCCUGCAAACACGUUGCUGCAAACUAAAAGUUUUUCGUUGUUCAAUUGGAAUCCAAUUAUUUUUGCUUGGUUUCAAUAGGCCAUGUAUAUAAAAUAACGUUUUGGGGGGAAGGGGUUGUUGCCCUUGCUUUGGUGGUGAUUUUUUCAUUUGUUAAAGGCAGUCAAAUGACCAAAUCUAAUCCCACCAAAAGGGCUAAAUUGAGGGUGGCAUGUAAAUGCAAUAAGGCAAAGGUUUUCAGUCUUCCGACAAGGUCAUGACCCCCCUUCUUCCUAGUCGAGCUCCAUCACGCUAUACAAUUUCUAGGGGGAAUAGAGGAAGUAUUAAAACCGGCCCUCUUCUCUGUCAUAGUGCUUUAACUGAGUUUUAUUAAAGUGCCGUUAGUUCUUGGUAAAUGUCACACUUUCGUGUUUAUCUUGUUAAAGUGAUGCCACUCCGAGGGAGGGUUCUGUCUGUGCUGUGAAGGACGUAAUUAAGUUUAAUGUCAACAGGGAAAUUUUACCUCGUUCAUUUUGCGAGUUUAAUGUGGCGUCUGAUCUUGCUUGUUUAAUUGGAUGAGUGAUUGCCGCUGGCUCUCUACACAAGUGAUCUGAAAUAACAUUUUGUCUUAAUAGCAUAUAAAUGAAAUGGUAAUAAUUAACUGUUUUUGUUCCAUGAAGUUCAGUCAGUAUUUCGAACAUGUGGACCAUAAGCGUUUGUGCUUCUUAGAAAGUUAGCGCCGUUAAAUAUCCAAGAAAGUGUAAGCCUGUGUAUUGUGCUCAUUUAUAUAUGACAUUCCAAAACUUUUGAAAUGCAAAUUUUUUGUUUUUGUUUGCUUAAAUUGCAUUUCAAUGUAAAUAUAAACCCGUUAAGUCAAUUUCUAAAUUUUUAAAACGAAGAUAAUUUAGAUCAACUUAAAACCGUACGUGCGUGUCGUCUGUUUUUAGCCCCGUUUACACUGGACGGCGUCCUUCCUUCAUCCCGUAGUACGACCCCGUUUGAGAGUAAAAAAUCGUACUUUACAUGUCGACAACUAGCUGAUCAUUGAGCAUUCAUUCUGCAACCAAAGCUAUGCUUUUGCCUCCUUUCUACGACCACAGCGAUGCCAAUUUCAUGGUCGCACAAAGGACGCAGGAAGGACGCCGUCCAGUGUAAAGGGGGGUUUACAAGUAUCUGUACAUUGGAUUUGCAACUAAUGUCAUUUAGUCAGUUUAGAAUAGUUUCUAAUUCAAUUAGAUGGUGUUACGAAUAAUACAUUGCGUGAUCUGAUAAAAUGAUUGAAGGGUGCGAGAUGUGCCAACGGAGAACAUUAAGCCGUUGAGCAAACUCGUGUCAUUGAGUUUGGCUGUUUAACUUGAUUAAUAAGUAAAAAAAAUAUCCAGGUAGUGAAGAUUCCGUAUAGCUGUACUUGUCAGGUAUGACAAAGUCCACGGGAAACCUGUAUUCACAGUAUGUGUAAUUGUUGACAGGAACAUGAUGUAUUGUUGAGUAUUUGAGAGAAUACUUGCUAGACCUUGCCUCUGGCUAUACACAAAGAAAUUAGCUCUGCAUUGCGGGAUGACCUUAUUAGUUGACAAGGUCUAGUAUUGAAAUGUGAAGGUUUUAAACAACUGCUUUCCUAGCCUGAAUAUUAUUUCAUUGCAACAUUUUCAUUUCAUUUAUUAGUUUACUGUUUAAAAAUAUCUUACCAAACAAUUCACCAAAUGUGCCAAUAAAAAUAUGCCUAACAAAGAUCAUUCAUAAUUUGAUAUCAUUUAUUAUUGUUAAAUUACUAUAUAUUUCUGUAUUAAAAUUUUACGAAUGAU